AUGGCCGCCGCGCCGCCCAACGACAGCUUCUCCUACGGAUGGCUCGCCGGAUUCAGCCCCUCCUCCGGCCACAUUAUUCCCGACGAUGACGAGAACACGGAGGCGGCCUCCAAAUUUAUCGAGAUGGACCCUCGACUGCCUCCUUCCAAGCGCUUCUCCCAAGCCGCUGCCCCACCGGACUUGUGCUUCGACUUUCCCAUCUCCGGCUCCCCCAUCGCACUCGUCCCGGCCGACCAGCUCAUCUCCAACGGCUUCCUCGUCCCACUCGUUCCCAAGAAAAACGGCAGCGCGGAAUAUUGUGGUGAUAAAAAUAAUUUUGGUGGUGUUGAUGAUAAUAAUAAUAAUAACAAUAAUAAUUCUGUCAAGAUCUGGUCGGAAAAGAGGGCCGGGGUCUUGGGGAGGUGCCGGAGGCUGUCGGCGCGGUUUCUAGAGAGGUGCUUCCGGUGUCUGGUGAAGCGGGUUUUUUUUGGGUGCGGACGGGAUUUUCGGUCGGAGGAAGAUGACCGGAGCGGAUGUGACGUGAGGAUGAGGUGGGAGAUGUACGGGGCGGCCGAGGCGUCGCCGAGGGCCAGCCUGGCAUGGUCGUCGGCGGACGAUGAUUGGCGGAGGUCUUGUGAUUCGGAGAGCUCCAUUUACGAGGCCGUGAUGCACUGUAAAAGAACUCAAGGUAUAUGA